UACUGUUUGCAGGGUUUAGAUUUGAUUUCGCAGCACAACGUACCUCAACCAGUAGUUCUAUCUGACAAGGAAAUUCAAAAGGAAAUAGACACUAGGAACUCGAUUUAUACGAAUUUGUCAGCAAUAAAUCAAAAUACGCAGUUAGAAGAGACUGUUUCGAAAGAAACCCGUGAACAAUCCGAAGAGGUUCAUAAGAAUAAUAAAAUUAACUGGGAAACGAAUCCGCACUAUUUGCGAUUAAAAAAAUUUAUCGGAUGCGGCGAAACAUUGAAGUUAGUUGCUCACGCUUACAACGAACAAGGGGGAUAUUUAACAGAAAAGAGUAGAAAGAUAUUGGUGCAUAAAUUUGUCGAUCUGAAGAAGAAAGAACUUCUUCAAGAAUUUAAAGAAGCGCCGUUGGAUGACUGGAACAUCGAUGCCUCCGAAUUAAUAAAUUUUUCGACUACCAUUGAAAAAGUUUUUCAAAGCGAAAAUGCGGCCACUUAUUUCACCCCAUUUACAAUCGAAAACGGAGUCCGAUUUCCGUCAGCGGGAAAAGUAAAAUAUCACUUCGAUUAUAUUAAAGGUGAAUUAAGAAAACAGGGAAUUAUAAAACCCCAUUCCAAGAAAAUCGAUAAAAAUCCUUCAGAAGGUAGACUUUGUGUUUUCGAAGAAACAAUUGAUAAUAAGAUCAAAUACCUAGAAGCUCACUCGGACAAUGUGGAUGAAAUAAAACAAUUUUGGUGUGAAACGCAUGAGGCUCGAAUGCAAAUUUUAACACUGGAGGAAAUAAGCGUUCAUGAUUAUUGUAAUAAAUUUAAAGGUUUGAAAGAGCAAUUAGGUUUUCAAUUAAUACAAUUAGAUUUUCAAAUACUAUACCCAGAAAAAGUAAAUAACCUUAUGUUAAACUGGGUUUUGGUUAAAAAUCAUUUGAUAAAAAUUUUAAAAACAAUCAAAUUACAACCGGAGGAUAAAACCUUGUUAAGUUUGAUAUCAACAUUACCACAAGAGCAUCAAGAUGCUGUAUUGGUUCAUCUUCUGAUUUACAUAGUUCCGACGGCUGAAAUAAAAAAACCACAAAAGCGAAAAAGGACAACUACUACUGAAAACCAGGUUCCGGAAGAUACUCAAGUGAAAAAAUCUUUAAAUGAUAAGCGAGAAUCCUACAUGCUGGUCAUACCUGUUUCUAAUGAAGAAGACGCAACACUCGACAGAUUGAAGGUGACUCUUUUAUCAAAGAAGCUAACGUUGCAACCAAUAUUUGUCGUUGUUGGAUCGUUACUUAACGUACAAAAAGUAUAUGCAGUUAUUGAUGACACAUGGUUCGAGUGUACCUCUGUUUUACAAUCAGUCGAUUUUACGUUUAAAGCUUUUUAUUCGUUGAAAUGUGCCUACCCAGUUGAAACAUAUAAUGUUUGGAACUUCAUUCAACGAGCUUUUUUUGAGAUUAGACCAACUGGAGAAAAAGUGUCUAUAAAAACGAGAACUCUCGAAAAGCAAAUAGACAAUCUUCUUAAAGAACUUAAAACGACAUAA